AUGGAUGUCCUGACCCACUGCCGGAUCUACCCAUUGAGCAGCUUUUAUCACCCAGCGCAGUGGUUCAUUGAGCUCGCGGGUUUGGUUACCACCGACAACGAAUUGAAACCUGUAGGAUUACUCCACUUGAUCGAGCACUCUUUCAAGACUUCCACUUUCAAAAGAGACCUGUUUCUACAAUGUGCUGGGGAUCGCGACGACUCCAGCAUACUAGUCAUUGAUAUUGUAUCGGAGUGGAAAUCGCUGCUCAAGAACUACGGCGUCGGAGUCCAUGUAAUGAGUUCGACCUCAAUCCUUAAUAUUGACGGACUAAUCAGCUUCCUAUUACAACUGAACGAAUCACCUCGGGAAGCCCUAAAGAGAUGUCAAAGGAGGGACUCACUAUCGAAGCAACUCUCGGGCAUCGUCAUAGAUAACAUCUCUUACAUUGUACACGAUCCUGGCUCCUACAAUUUAUUACUAAGAACCCUCAAGAUGCUGAGGAAUACCUUUGGAUGCUGGAUAAUCACCAUAAGUUACGGCCUCGAAUUUUACAACGGUGUAGAAAACUCCACCGCUUCGCUCUACAGGUCCGGUUCGAUUACUAGAGUGCCCAUCAGUUACACCAACGAGAUGGACGCCAUGAUCAUUAGAGAUACGGACUCGUCAGCUAGACUGUGCUCGUAG